AUGCACGGCUCAGCACCUGCCGGUGCCGCCCCAGAAGCAGCAGCACACAGCAGCCUGCGAGGUGAAGCCAUGGAGGUGGAUGGGCUGGUGCUAGCCGGUAGCAGCGCAGGGAGGGGGCGGGGUCGCAGGGCGUGGGGCGAGGGGGUGGAGGAGGUGGGGGCAGAUGAGGACUGCGUGGGUAGAGCAGGGCUGCUGGGAGGGGAGGGAGGUGCUGUGGGGAGCGAGGAGAGGGGUGUGGGAAGGAGGAGGGGGAGACGGAGGAAGAGCGAGAGGGUGGAGGAUGAAGAAUAUAUGUGGGGCACAGAUCAUGCUUCAGAGGGGGGUGAGCUAGUGGGGGACGAUGAGGAGGAGGAGGCGGAGGCGGAGGAAGAGGAAGAGGAGUAUGAAGAGGAGGAGGAAGAGGAGGAGGAAGAGGAGGAGGAGGAAGAGGAGGAGUAUGUGGAAAAGGAGGAAAUAGAUGACGAGGAAGAGUUGCUAGCUUCGAAAGACGCUGAGGAUAAUGGCACGUAUGAGCGGCACGGGCAGUACGGAGAAGAAAGGGAGAUGGCACGUGCUGAGAAGGGUGCGAACGAGGUGGACGAGGGGAGAGAGGGGGGCGUGCAGCACAACCCCAGGCACAGUGAACCGGGGCAGCGGAGGAGAGGGUAUGGCGGUCAGGAGCUGGGGCAUGAGGGUGGAGUGAGAGGCGGCCUUGGUGCUGCAGGUGUGGCUGUAGAGAGUGGUAGAGGGCAAGAGGGGGGAGGAGGUGGAGAGAGGGAACGAGAGAGGGAUGUGGUUCGGCAGGUUCGGCGUGACAUGGCUCGGUUGGAGGCUCGGAUUCCGUGGCUCGGGGUCCGCAAGUGGCUUGAGGCUCGGCCCAAAGAGGCUGUUGGGAAUGUUGUGUCAGCAGUGGCAGCACUGGCACGCCACACAUCAGCCUCCCCAGCACACGCCACCCUACCAUCACCACCACCCUCCUCCUCUCACAUCCUGCCUCCCACCGCGCCACCUGUGGAGGCACUCUUCCCCUGGGCGGCGCACUUGAAGCCGCUGCUGCCUGCGCCCGCCCUCACUGCUGCGGUGGCCGUGGCGGCAUCAGAGGCAGCAGCUGCUGUGAAGGGCGAUCAUUCGCCGUGUCUUGUCGAUACAUCUGCUCAUCUUCCCAGUUUCAAGGCACCUCAUAACUCCCUGUGUCGUGUCAUGUCAUCUCCACAUCCCCCCCUUCCUGCCCUGUUUUUCCUGUUCCUUUUCUCUCGUUCUCUUUCUCCUGCGUCUGCACCUGCAGGUAUGAUCAGGGGAGGCAGGCGGACAGUGGUCAGGGCUGUUGCUGCUGCUGCUGCUGCUGCUGCUGGUGAUGGUGCUGCUGCUAUUGGCACCGCUGCUACUGCUGGUGCCGCUGCUGGUGGUACUGGUGGAGUUGAUGGAGGUGAUGGUGUAACAGGUGUCGUUUCAGAGACAGGAGGUGACGAGACACGGAUUGCAGCAGCAAUGCCUCCAGCAGCAGCAAUGGUAGCAGCCACACCGACACCAGCAGCACCACCAGCAGCACGAGCAGCAACAGCAGCAGUAGCAGCAGCAGGUGGAAAUGGUGAGCGAGUGAGAAAGAGGUCACACGCAUCUCGGACUGCAGAGGAGCUCGUGGAUGUACCGGUGCAGCAGCAGCAGCAGGUGGGGGGCGAGGGGCACAGCGCGCGUGCAAAACGGCGAAGGGGAGCGUCCAUGCACUCUCGCGGAGAGGAGCUGGGUGGGGGGCAUGCAGAUGGCGCUUUGGAAGCGGCAGGUGAGGCGGGUGGGACAGGUGGGACAGGUGGUGUAGAUGAGGCAGAGGGUCGCAGGCAGGCAGAGGUGGAGGAGGAAGCACGUGGAGCAGUCACAGAGCGUGGUGCCCGCGUGGGGACUGCUGCUGCUGCUGCUGCUGCUGCUGCUGGUGCAGAGACAGGGAGGGCAGCUGUGGGAAGGAGGUCGGUUGCAAGAGCAGGGAGUGGAGGAGUAGGAAAGGGUGAAGCGGCAGGGAGGGCAUCAGCAGAGACAGCAGGAGUGCCGACAACAGGUUCGGCAGGAGUUGUAGCAGCAUCGGGGGCAUCUGGUUUGGGCAGACGGGUGCGGUACAGCACAGGUGCAGCGAGAGCGCCUGCAUCAGCAGCAGCAGCAGUGAUUGCCCGGAGGCGAGGGCUAAGAGGGAUGGGGGGGAUGGGGCAGAGGCAGGGAGGUGCCGUUUGGGGCAGCAGGGGAAGGAGGUUGGUGAGUGGUGUGGCUGUGGGAGUGGGCCGAGGUGGGAGGGGUGGGAGGGGAAGAGGUAGAGCAGGGCACGGUGGUGCUUUGGGUGAGAGAGGAGAGGCAGAGGGAAUAGGUGGCAGGGGAGCAGGAAAAGCAGGGCUGGUAGGAAGUGAAGGGGGUGAUGGGGAGAGAGAGGGGCAGUGGGGAGUGAGUGCGGGAGGAGAGGGUGAGGCGGGCAGAGCGAGGGUGGGACGGAAGAGGAGGCGAGGGGUGCUGAUCGGCGCUAAGGGAAGGACAGCAACAGCGGCAGCAGCGGGAGCAGCAGGAGCAGCAACAGGAGCAGGUGCAGUUGGGGGGAAAAGCCUACCACGGCAAUUACAAGCAACUUCAGCAGAUUCUCUCACUGACCCUUCCACAGCUCCCUACAGUCACCAAGGCAGCACCUCCUUACAAGCACAGCCUCGCCCCCUCUCCACACGCACGCUCCGCUGUCCCUAUCCUGCGCCAACUGAGCCAGGUUCGGAUGACGAGUCUAGAGGCUCGGAAGACCUUGGGGAUCCGAGCCUGGGCUCUCCAGGCGGCUCGGGGGAACUGCCUCGGGUGCUGUCUCUGGGGGGACUGGGGGGACUAGAGGGGAUGGAGGGGAUGGGGUUUGAGGGGUUUGAUGGGGCCAUUGAUCUGGAGGACAUGGCUGAGCUGGAUGAUGCUGCUGGGCUGGGGUUUGAGUGA